AAUCGCUCAUCUGCUAUCCCUCCUCGGCCCAACAGAGAGGAGCAAAACUCCUUCAUGAGGAAAUGUCUGCGCACUUAAAAUGAGAACCUAUUUUAUUUUCAAGGCACUCACCUGAAAACAAAUGUGAGGCAGGAUUCGCGUCUUUUGUUUUUCCAAGCGGCAGCUAUGAACGGGAGUAAAAAACGCUGUCAGUUAAGUAGCCUGCUAGCUAUCCGUAGUUAAUUGCUAAAGGGGUGCUAACGGCUAACCGUUUAUCUUUACUGUGUUAUUGUUAUUGAGGUAGACGUGUCUUUAAGGUAUAGUUUACGUAAGAUAUGAUGUGUUGUGUGUGGUUAAUCGGGGGGGACAUGUCGCUGAUAAACAAGUGUACUAGUAGUUGUGAGUGUUGACAGUGUAGCUUUGCCACCUGGUUCUGUUUGCUACCUGUGUUCAACAGCUAGCCACGUAAACUGCUCCUGCCUGGUGUUGACGUAGCAGCAGCAGCUAGCUUUCCUGUCCUGCUGCCAAUCUCACAUUGCCCAAUUCUUUUUAUAUUAAUUAGGAUCUCCAACUCGUUGACAAUCUCCUUAGCAAACCAAACACACCCCGAACAGCACUAAUGACAUGAAGAAGUGUGAGUCAAAAUGCUUUAGCUGGACUUGAUUGUGUUCCUGGUGCUUGUUGCAUUGAGCGGAUGAUGAAGCGGAUCAUCUGGCUGAUAUCAGGAUUAAACAGACGAAUGAUGAAGCUGCUUUUUGCCCUCGCUUUGAUCGCCUACAUUGCCUCUGUCUGGGGAACAUAUACCAACAUGAGAUCAAUACAAGAACACGGAGAAAUGAAGAUUGAGCAGAGGAUUGAUGAAGCUGUGGCUCCUCUCAGAGAGAAGAUUCGUGAUCUGGAACAAAGUUUUUCUCAGAAAUACCCACCUGUGAAAUUCCUGUCAGAAAAGGAUCGCAAGAGAAUUCUGAUCACAGGUGGGGCAGGGUUUGUGGGUUCCCACCUGACGGACAAGCUGAUGAUGGAUGGCCACGAGGUGACGGUGGUGGACAACUUCUUCACGGGAAGGAAGAGGAACGUGGAGCACUGGAUCGGCCAUGAGAACUUCGAGCUCAUCAAUCACGACGUGGUGGAGCCGCUCUAUAUUGAGGUGGACCAGAUCUAUCACCUGGCGUCUCCCGCCUCUCCUCCCAACUACAUGUACAAUCCCAUUAAGACACUCAAGACCAACACCAUUGGCACUCUGAACAUGCUUGGUUUAGCCAAGCGUGUGGGGGCCAGACUUCUGCUGGCUUCUACUUCGGAGGUCUAUGGAGAUCCAGAGGUUCAUCCACAGAACGAGGAGUACUGGGGCCACGUGAAUCCAAUCGGUCCUCGUGCGUGCUACGAUGAGGGGAAGCGCGUGGCAGAGACCAUGUGUUACGCCUACAUGAAACAGGAGGGCGUGGAGGUGAGGGUGGCGAGGAUCUUCAACACGUUUGGCUCCCGGAUGCACAUGAAUGAUGGACGAGUGGUCAGCAACUUCAUCCUGCAGGCUCUGCAGGGAGAGCCGCUCACUGUGUAUGGUUCAGGUUCCCAAACAAGAGCCUUUCAGUAUGUAAGUGAUCUGGUGAAUGGCCUGGUUCUGUUGAUGAACAGCAACAUCAGCAGCCCCGUCAAUCUGGGCAACCCAGAGGAACAUACCAUAUUGGAGUUCGCUCGUCUCAUAAAAAGUCUUGUCAGUAAGGCAUCCGAUCGAUCCAAGUAUAUGUCUUUGAGCAGAAGUCAGAUCCAGUUCCUUCCGGAGGCUCAGGACGACCCCCAGAGGAGAAGACCUGACAUCCGAAAAGCCAACAUGAUGCUCGGCUGGGAGCCGGUGGUACCUCUGGAGGAAGGCUUGAACAAAACCAUCCAGUACUUCAGCCGGGAGCUGGAGCACCAGGCCAACAACCAGUACAUCCCCAAACCUAAAGCCGCCCGCAUGAAGAAAGGAAGACCCCGACACAACUGAGGAAGAGUUCCCCCCCCCCCCCACACACACACACACACACACACAGAAGUAUGUUAAAAACUCCUCAGAGGACCCUCGAAGAGCGACUCUCUGAAACACACUGUUGAGAAAAGCACACAUGUUGUGUCUCUUUUUUUUUUGAGAAGUAGAGACGGUUCUCUCUUUCAAAGUGUUGCGAUGGAGCUGCACUGUGGGGGAAAGAGCUCUCCACACAGGAGCUCAAGUGUUGAAAGGACAAGUUUGAAGAAAUCUGAACCCAGCCUCCCUUGUUUUUGUGAAUUUUUUUGCUUUUUUGCUAUUUAAAAAUGCAGAUGUGAGAAUCAUGCUUCAUUUAUUUUAUCUGUUUUAUGGCGUUUUGUCUGCAGAGGUGAACUACCUGACUGCUUUUCCACUGGAAGCUUGUGACCUCUCAUCAGUGGCGUGUCGGCUGUUCAGAGCUCUGCAGGGCGAAGAAUCAGCAUCUUUACGUGUUUGUCAGAACAUCAUCGUGCUGUACUUUGUGAAAACUCAUGUCAGGGUGUGCUUUAUCAAUAUCCGAUGAAGAUGCUAUUUUAAUAAAAUAUUUCCAAUA